AUGUCCUCAUCUGCCACCUCAGUCCUGGGAAAACGCAAACAUGACAAUUUGACAGCACAGUCUGGCGAAUUUGGCAGUUUGCCCUCCCAGGCUCUUGGCCAUCGUUUUCCAGCAAGGCAGUUUCAGGAGAUGCACUCCAUCGAAUCAAUGUCCUCUAGGUAUCAGGUCGGACCGUCAGCACUGCCAGGGAUGACUUUCGGCUUAAUCUCAGGCUCAACCGCAACCACUCCAGCCCGCCCCGUGAUCUUCAUCCACUCCACUGUCGAGAGCAUGCAGGAAGGUCAACGCCCUACCAUCGACCGGAACCAGACUCAUUCGUUUGUGGGAAGCCCUGGACCCUCACCCGUUGACAUACCAGGCCUUUCGUUGGAUGCACCACGUGCGAAAGCAAAAGCAAAAGCAAAACCCAAAAGACAAGUCUUCCUCCCCAGUCGACCGGUACAAAAUUCCAAACUCGUCCACACCGACGUCUGGGCUGGUGUCUUCAGCUUUUGUGAGCCCAAGUUGCUGCUAGAACUGAAAACACUCAGUCGGUUCCACUAUGAACUCCUCUCAGACAAUUCCGUCAUCUGGAGAAAUAGCAGAAUUCACCAUUAUGGCGCCGACAUGCCAGAAUGUCCCAGAGGACUCACAGAAAAGCAAUACGUCGAGCUCUUGGCUGGUCGUGGCUGUCAGAGCAAAGAUUGUCACUUGGGCAGGACUUUCAAGGUUCACUGGACAUUUCAAGUUCGAUUGUGCUCGGGCUGCUUCAAACAGAAAACAAUGAGUGAGAGUGCCCUUGCAGUCAAUCGCCGGCACAGACUACCGAUGAGCCCGACCCAAGUCCGCCCUAAUGACAAUCGUGCCCUUUGGGAGCUGCUGCCGCUCGCACGGACGGAUGGCCGCCGCGACAAUAACUCACGCCCCGUGGACACCGAAACAAACGACUGGGUGCAUGCUGGUGGGAAGUUCACUUUUUUGAGAGCGUCCUUUGACAAAAUUGAAGCAGAGUUCCAGCGCUUGCGCGGGUCAGAUCCGUCAAACAAUGCGCUCAUGCUGUGGGCAGAUAAGAUCCAUAAGGAAACAAUGGAGUUCAUGGCUGAGGUAAACACACUGGAGGCGUGGUUCAAAGAGCACGGGAAGACGACUCACAAUCCUGCGGGUAAAGCUUGGCGACAAAAGAGGAUCGACUUCUUCCAAGCACGUGCCGCAGAGCUGGAGCCACCCAUGGACAGCAGGAUCUUAUGGAAGAUGAGUGCAUUCGUCCGCAAUCUCAAAAUUGCGACGGAGCCUACAGAGCGAAUGUGGGACCAGCUAAAGCCAAAGAUUGAGCCAUACCGGCUUCAAGCCCACCAAGUCGUCCAAUUCGAGCGUGUCAUGAAAUCUGAACGCCUCGAGUCCGAGCCACAAGUCAGGUUGUUUAGGCGCCUUCAGGAGCACCGCCGGUGCAGAAAGACAGCACCGCCCUCGUUUCGACCAGAGCAAAGAGACGUCCUCAUAUGCGCGCACUUGGUUUACAAGCAAUGUGUCAAGGAAAAUGUGGCCGACGAAGAUCUUCUACUACUGUGCCUGGAGAGGUUGUUCGUCACGUACCACAUGAAUGAUCGCCGCGCAGUGGGACUCAACUACGACGGAACCACUGGUCUAUAUCGUCUCAGUCUGGACGAUGCUCGGAUGGUUGUCGAGGAAGUUCUUGAAAAGGCUAUCUCGCCACACUCAGAACGGGGCAGGAUCGUCUUUCAAAGUCUGAGAUGCAGAGGCUGUACGCGAAAUGACCACGUCCGAACCUGGUCCUUCGUGAGUGCGUUUGAACACAUUCUUGAAACCCAUGCCAGGAACGUUGGCGAGGGUCUUGAGUACUAUCAAUUUGCCAAUCCACACCCUGUGAAGAGUCUUCCGGGAUUGUCUUCAGAAGACACUGGGGUCGAGUACAAAUUCCCCUGGUACACGACAAAAUGGCCGAUCAGUCUGCCCCUUGUCCCUUGCCACCAAGAUAUCUCGAAACUGGACAAUUGGCACCCGAACGUUCAAACUAAGUUCACGCCCCUACCCGUAGCUCUCCGGAUGUCCGCUUUUCAUGGCCGACAGGCUCUCCAGCAAAAGCACGCGGCCGAUGACUUCGGUCCGAAUCUGUUGUACGCGGCUGAGCAGUUGAACGGAAUUUGGCUUCCAGGGCCUUCUCAGAUGAAGAUUGCCUUAAAAUACGCUCUGGACCUCUACGCUCAGAAGCAUGUGGAAGAGCCGCCCCUGUCGGCAUUCAUGGCAUGCUUGGACGAUUUGGCAACCGUGAACACUGACAUCGAGCUGAAAUUCCGAUGUGGUAUAUGUGUCAACCAAGUUAAGACCGCCAACAGCAACAGAAGCAGUAAGAAUAAGGCAGACAUGGAGAGCAUACAAAGACAUUGGGACCACUCCCAUGGUAGCGGAUCUGUCAGCUGGGGUCAAGGACUGAUGGAUCUACCAAACGAGAGCCAGAUUUUGCGAGAGAUUGUAGGCGUCGACGAUAGCCUACAAGGAAAGAAAGAUGCGUUUGUGGAGCGAGAACAUGUUCGGGCUUCAGAUUCGAAGAAACGUAAGGACCCCAAGAGCAAGGUUCUUUUCAAGGUAACGUCGGCGGCAGAGGCGUUUGAUGGGCUCUUUCCCAAGGUGGCUGAAGAAUGA